AUGAUCGUUUUAAAAUUCUAUUUUACGGUUACAUUCUUAUGUACCUUCCAUUUUACGUUUAUUAGCAGCUAUGAUAAUUAUCUCGAUAGGAUACCAAAUAGUAAUAAUGUUCCUAACCCCUGUAAUCCUAGCGCAAAAUGGUAUGGUAUCGGUCAUAUAGCAACGGCUGGUGCUGGGGCUAGAAAUCCAUUUGGAACCGAUUUCGCUAAAACUGGUCGCACUUGGAGCACAACGCUAUGCCAAAUGGACAGCGAUGGCGACGGUAAAACCAAUGGUGCAGAGCUUGGCGAUCCAAAUUGUGUCUGGACUGAAGGAUCUACUCCACCAAGUACAACCGGGAUAUCUCAUCCAGGAGUUUGCGAG